AUGUCCAACAACACUGGAAGAGGUCAUGGGGGUCUUAACCAACUAGGUGGAAUGUUUGUCAAUGGCCGUCCACUUCCGGAGGUGAUCCGGCAACGCAUUGUGGACAUGGCCCACCAGGGGGUUCGGCCCUGUGACAUCUCCCGGCAGCUCAGAGUCAGCCACGGCUGCGUCAGCAAGAUCCUGGGACGCUACUACGAGACAGGCAGCAUCAAGCCUGGUGUGAUUGGUGGCUCCAAGCCCAAGGUGGCCACCCCAAAAGUUGUGGAGAAGAUUGCAGAGUACAAAAGGCAAAACCCCACCAUGUUCGCUUGGGAAAUCAGGGACCGACUGCUGGCAGAGGGAGUGUGUGACGGAGACACAGUGCCCAGCGUGAGCUCAAUUAACAGAAUAAUUCGAACAAAGGUCCAACAGCCGUUCAAUCUGCCUAUGGAUGGCAAAGGCCUGAGUCCAGGACAAACCUUAAUCCCCAGUUCAGCAGUCACCCCUCCCGAAUCUCCUCAGUCUGACUCAUUGGGCUCCACCUACUCCAUCAGCGGUUUGUUGGGUAUACCCCAUCCCAGCGCCGAGGGCAAGAGGAGCCACGAUGACAGUGACCAGGACAGUUGUCGGCACAGUGUGGACUCUCAGGGCAGCGGGGGCGUCCCGAAGAAACAGAUGAGAGUGGAUCACUUCUCAGCAGCCUCGCAACAUCUGGACUGUGGGUUUGAGCGUCACCACUACCCACCAGACUCAUUCAGCUCAGCUUCCAGCAGCAAGACAGAUCAGCUAACCGCUGUUCAUCAUCCCCAGACUUUGUACCCGCUGUCCCUUCUCAAUGGCAGCCUAGACGAGGCCAAGACCAGCCUCUCAACAUCCACCUCCACCAUUGGACGGAACCUGACAGCGCACCAGAGCUACACCAUGGUGACUGAGCCCCCACAGCCCCUUCCCCUCUGUCUAAAACAGGAAAUGUCCCCAGAAGUGACCAGCACAAGCCCGUCCCCAAACAUGGCAGUGUCAAACCUGGCAUUCAUGGAGCUGCAGGCACUGCAGAAACCAGUCUCUGUCGGCAGCAACAGCUGUAGCUCCAACCAUUUCACAAAUGCAUUCAACUCAUUCUCCCAUCAUGCACCAGUGUACGGGCAGUUCAGCGGCCAGUCUGUCAUCUCAGGACGUGACAUGGUGAGCUCCACCCUGCCAGGAUAUCCACCUCACAUUCCCUCCCCUGCCCAGACAGGAUACUCCUCCUCUGCCAUCACAGGCAUGGUAGCAGCAGGCGCAGACUACACUGGUCAGUCCUACAGCCAUUCACCCUACACCUCCUACAGUGAAGCCUGGAGGUUCACCAACUCCAGCAUACUGGGUUCUCCCUAUUACUACAGCUCGGCCUCCCGCACAGCUCCUCCGUCUGCAGCCGCCUACGACCACCUCUAG